UCAAGAUUGAACCAAUGAGUGGAGCAAUACGACCUAAGAUGAUAAUAACAUUUGAUAUAAUAGUUAAAAUACCAUGUGUCUUGGAAUUUGCAUUUGAUAUUUAUGUAAAAAUUAACAAUAAAGAAAAUUUGAUUUUGCCUGUAAGCGGAAACGUUUUGGAGCCAAAAAUACUAAUUUCUCCAAAAAAUAUUUACAUGCCGCGAAUACCAUGUAAUUUGAUCACGUAUGUACCAGUCACAUUUCAAAAUCUCAGUACAUUACGAAGUGUUGUAGAAGUUUUAGACACAGGUGACGAAAAUGUGUUCAAAGUAUAUAUUGCUGUAGGAUAUGAAAAACAGAGAAUUCUCAAGUUUUGCGUUGAUGCCGGUCAGUCCAAGACUGUGUAUAUUAGAGUACAUGAUAAUUUUCGCCGAGAAUAUGAAAUGUAUAUUCCCUUUAAAAUAAAUGGAUUACUUGGACCUCCAGAUAACAGAUCUUCAAGUACUGAACUCCGACAUUACAUCGCGGAACACGAAGAGCAAUAUAAAAAUAACGUUAAAGUGAAACUAAAGAGCUUGAACAAAGAUAUAAGUUUUUGUCGAAUAAUUGGAGUUAUCACUGUACCUUGGAUACAAAUAUCUGUUGAAGAAUUCGAAAUGGAUUAUGAACCCAACGGAAAUAAUACCAUCGAGUUUACUAUUACGAACAUUUCUAAAUAUUAUUUACAUGUUGCAAUUUUGACGGCUAAACUGAUGCCCAAUUUCAGUUUGAACUUGUUACAUAAGGAGAAUGAUAUGAUAAGCGACACUCACAUCAAAUUUGAUUUAGACAGAGGAAGUGAUGCACAACUGUCCGUAAGAUUUCAUCCCAAAGGGCGAGGCAAGCAUGUAGCAACAGCAUUAUUAUAUUUAGAUAAACAAAUGACGAUACCAUAUUACAAUCUUACCUUCAAGGGUAGAAAGCAAACUCCGGUCAUGACACCAAGCACCUACAGGAUAAUAUUUCCACCUUGCAAAGUAGGAACUAGUAUUCGACGGACAUUCACUGUGAAGUUGGAAGAAGAGUCGACCGUAGAUAAGUUCUACUUUGUUUCAAAAGAAGAGCAUAGCGUCACAACUAAUAUUAGUUCUUGUGAAACAAUUAACAAUUCACAAACAAAUCACACAGUUGUCACAGUCGAAGUUAUAAUUUUUUGUGAAACACAAUCUUUCAAGAAUUUCAUACUAAGUUUUUGCCAUGAAUGUGGAUCCGGUUGUGAUAUUGAACUCAGUUUUUGCUUUACACAUUGUCCUUUAACUCUACACUCAAACUUUUUGGUCUCUCCAGAAGAUCAUCCAUAUCCAUAUUAUCCUUUGGAAACACAGCGAGAUCUUUAUGAGUACAUGAAUACCUGCGUAGAUUUUCUAGAGAAGUGGAUGUUUCAACAAGGAUUUCGUAGAGAUCUGUAUCCUGUGAUACCUGAUACAUUUCAUGCUAUAUCAUCAUCACUAACUGGCGGUGGCGGUGGCACAAAAACAAAAGGAAUUAAUGUCUCAUUCUUAAAUUUCAUUAAAAGGGCUGCUGGUCCAUUAAUGAAACAUAUACGUAAGGUGACGUAA